AUGGCGGACAGCGUCAAGGACAAGUCGUCCUCGGUCGGCACCAAGAGGAAACGAAAGGACACCCCCACCCGCAGCAACAGCCGGUCCCCCUCAAAUAGCGUCACCCUGGAGCUGGGAUGUCCCAUGGCGACGGAGGCGGCCACAGCCGCAAGAACUCGGCAUAACAGGCGAGAGAUCACUGCUGAGCUUAAAGAGCGGGUAACGCGAACGCCAUCGCCACCUCUCGAGCCCUUCGUUUUGUACUGGGAAGGCCUCCGAGACCCAUUCGACACAGGGGAAACGGCCUGCAAAGAAGAAAAAGAAGAAGAGAGCCAGGUCUCUGAGACAGAUAAAUACUCGCACACUGUCGAGUUUGUCGACACUUCUCCUCCGGAACGACCAGACAUGGAGAAUCAGGCUGCCACCAGCCCUCGGCACUGUUUGCCGGAGCCAGCUCCACCAGUCGACACUUCUGCUGCUAGCAUCAUAUCCCCAGACUCGAGCAUGACUGCCACCACCUACAUGGACACAGAAGGGGAGGUCACAAACGCGACGCCGGAACCUUUGGUGCUAGCCACGCCGACACCUGUGCUCUUGCCCACAGGUCAGUGGUCGGCUUGGGACGAGCCGGGCGGAUAUUCUGCCGAGUGCGCGUGGUUGCCCGCUGCCUCAAUGCCGAUAGCGCCUGUGGAAGCUAUCGGGUACACGUUUGAUGGGUGCUCAGAGGCUCAGGAAUACACCACUGGACUUGCGGCCGGAUGUCCAGAGGCCGGUCAAAACAAGGGCUACGAAGCGGGCGUCGAGUAUCUGUGGAUGCCUCAGCAGCUUACCGAGACCGCUUUCCUAGAGCCCGAAGCUCUCCAAUGGGACAAUCUCGACUGGGAUGCUCUCGUUUCCGUAUCAUAUCUCGACAAGCGCCUCCCGCUACAUUCUUGCCACGCGCAGGUCACGGGAUCACUAAGCAUUCCUGCCGCCGAGUGCGAUGCCUCUUUGGGACAGCCUUGGAGGCAUGGUCACCCAGGCACGCUGGCUCAGCCACAUCUCGUGUCGACGAGCGAUUCCGUUGGAGUUCAUUCCGUUGGAUUUCCAGGGGAGGAGAUGGGUGGUGAGCUGGGGCCACAUGUACUCAUGGCAUUUUUGCCUGAUUGGAGUUAG